AUGGUGGGCAUAGAACGGGCAUCGCCACCACUCAAAAUAAUCUUGAUGGUGACCUUCCUGCAGCUCUUGAGAAGCACACAAGGGAAGUCAAAAGCAAUAUUCAUCUCGGAAAGUGAUUCAUCCGAGCGUCACCACAGCAUCAUCACAGCGCGCAUCAUCACAGCAUCAUCACACCACAGUGAUCACCACAGCAUCACCACAGCGCGUCAUCACAGCAUCAUUACAGCCUCAUCACAGCAUCACCACAGCCUCAUCUCAGCAUCACCACAGCAUCACCACAGCGCGUCAUCACAGCAUCAUUACAGCAUCACCACAACCUCAUCACAGCAUCACCACAGCGUCAUCACAGCAAUCAAGCAUAAUCACAGCGUCACCACAACAUCAUCACGCGUCAUCACAGCAUCACCACAGUGUCAUCACAGCAUCAUCAUCACAGCAUCAUCACAGCGUCACAUCACAGCGUCAUCACAGCAUCACACAGCAUCAUUCACCAACAGCGUCUCACAGCAUCACCACAGCGUCAUCACAGCAUCACCACAGCGUCACCACAACACCACCACAGCACCCACAGCAUCACACAGCGCCGCACAUCACAGCACAGCGUCAUUCACAGCUCUCACAGCGUCACCACAGCAUCACCACAGGCGUCAUUCACAGGCAUAA